AAGAGAUUCCUGCAAAGAGGUCAAAGACUACCGGAACUGAGGUCCUGUUUAAUAUGGUCGUAGAAGUCCCUCGUUGGACAAAUGCAAAAAUGGAGAUUGCCACUGAGGAGCCGUUGAAUCCCAUUAAACAAGAUAUAAAGAAAGGCAAGCUUCGCUAUGUGGCAAAUAUCUUUCCUCACAAGGGUUAUAUAUGGAAUUAUGGUGCCCUCCCACAGACCUGGGAAGAUCCAGACCAUACAGAUGACAUUACAGGAUGUUGUGGGGAUAAUGAUCCUAUUGAUGUUUGUGAAAUAGGUUCAAAGAUUCGUUCUUCUGGUGAGAUUGUUCAGGUGAAGGUCUUGGGUGUUUUAGCUCUUGUUGAUGAAGGAGAGACAGAUUGGAAGAUAAUUGCUAUCAGCGUGGAUGACCCAGAAGCUCAGAAAAUCCAUGGUAUUGAUGAUGUCAAGAAGCAUAAACCGGGUUACCUUGAGGCUACGGUUGACUGGUUCCGAUUAUAUAAAGUCCCUGAUGGUAAACCGGAAAAUCAGUUUGCUUUUAAUGGAGAAUUUAAAGACAAGGAUUUUGCUGUUGAAAUUAUUAAAUCCACUCAUGAAUACUGGAAAGCUUUGCUUCAUAAAAAAGCCGAUGGAGGUACUAUUAAGUGCACAAAUGUUCUGGUGAGUAGCAGCCCAUUUUGUUGCAGUGAGGAGGAUGCCCGAUUGAUUGUGCAGUCGGACAAGACACGCUGUGUAAUACUGCGAUUGAAUAGUGGUGUAUCCAGCCUUGAAAUGGACCUGGACUUCCAGACCUACAUUUUAAAAUGAUUUUUCACUUUCUGCAGAACUGAAUCCUGCUCUGUCAAAAUGUGGUUAUAAAAGAGUUUAAUUACACAUCUAUUUAAAAAUGUUUGCAUAUAUGUAAUGUAAAUUGUGUGUGUAUAUCUAUUCACAUGUGUACCUUUAUACUGAAACAUGUAUAGUAAUGUAAUUGGGAAGGCAUUUUUACUCUUUAGUAUGUAAACAGCAAAUCCUGUUGUCCUCAAAGACAAUACAGUAGGAAAAUCCCCUUUACAUUAGGUAAGAUGUUAAUCUAUCACUCAUUAUUAGUGUGUUUGUUUUGUCAUUUAUGAGCAACCAAGAAAUUUGUACAGUAGUUACAGGGGGGAAAAAAAAAGGGAAAGCGUAAGGUAGAGCAUUGUCCUGUGGGGGCAACAGAAAGUUCUGUUUUUAUUAAUAUCUCUUGACUUCAGCAGUAAAAUAGCUUUGAGUUUGGGUGCUACCUGUGAAACUUUAACUAAACACUGAUAUGUUGGGUUGUUUUUCGGGUUUGUUUUUUUUU